AUGGUGUCAAAUGUAGUGAGGGUGCGCAACGACUACGAAUUUCGGGUUUUUCUCCACCCUAUCUAUCAAAAUGAAGCUUUCUCUUCUUCCCCUUUCUCUACUACUCACUCUUUCUCCUUCUUUAUCUACUGCUUUCUCUCUUCCCCCUUUCUCUACUACUCACUCUUCCAAGAGGGUGAUUCAAGUAUUUCUCCUUCCCUAUCUCUCCAUUCAUUUCCUUCUGAAUUCUCUAUCCUUCCAACCUACAAAAACAACUUUUCUCGAAUUCCUCUUUCUCCUUCUCUCUCUGAAUUGGGUACAUUCAUUUUCUCCUUACCUCAGUCUUCCCUCUUUCUCCCUCUUCUCUACUGCUCACCCUACCAUUUUCUCCUUCUCUCUUUAUUGCUUUCUUUUUUUCUAUCUCUUUCUCUGUUACUCUCUCUUCCUUUUUUCCUUUUCUCCUUUCCUCUCUACUGCUUCAAAAUGAAGUACCCCCUACAAGAGGGUGAUUCUUUUUCUAAAAAACAACUCUUCCUCUUUGUCCUUCCUCUCUACUGCUUUCCCUAUCCCUCCCUCUUUCUCUACUACACACUCUUCCUCUUUGUCCGUCCUCUCUACUGCUUUCCCUAUUUCUUCUCCUUUCUCUACUACUCACUCUCCCUCUUUCUCCUUCCCUUUCUGUUACUUUCUCUCUUUCUCCCUCCUUCGCAACUAUUCACUCUUCCUCUUUCUUCUCUACUAUAUUUCCUCUUUCUCCCUCCUCCUAUACGACUCACUAUUCCUCUUUCUCCUUAUCUCUCUACUGCUUUCUCCCCUAAAAACCUUUUCUAUUGCUGGUAUCUACCUUCCAAGAGGGUGAUUUUUCCCCUUAGACCUCUUGUAUUGUUUACUCCCUUUCUUUCUCCUUAA